CUCUGGUCACAGGACGAGGUCACGUGAAGUAGCUCGCCUUGUUCUUGGGAAAAUGGGGUUUGGUGUAAAUCUGGGGGUGUAAUGCCGUCAUUUAUCAGGCUACCUCGUAAAAACGACACUGAAGACUCCUGGCCAGCAAAUCAUAGAAAAAAUAUGAGUUCGUCUUAUUAUGGGGAUGGACUCUUUGGCAAGUACACGGCGGGGAAUUGUCUCUUUCAGAGCGCGGACCGGGUUCCGUACUCGCUGGGAGCCGGCGGAGAGAGACCCACGUACGGGCCGGGAGCAGCAGCGUUCUCCUCUGCGCUGCCGCCGGGACUUUACAGUGUCAGUAAUGCAGUAUACCAGAGUCACUCCAUCUUCACUUCCGAGUACGGCCAGGGCUCGGAGGCCUACAGCUUGCGUGGCAACUCGUAUGAGCAGAACCUCCUUUGCCAUGACCCAAACUACAGGAGCAGCUGCGACAAGUCGGGACCCGGGACGUUCAGCGUGCCGACAGAUAAACACUUCCGGAUGUAUCCGUGGAUGCGAACUUCAGAUCCGGACAGAAAACGUGGCCGGCAGACCUACUCCCGGUACCAGACUCUGGAGCUGGAGAAAGAAUUCCAUUUCAACCGCUAUCUGACCCGCAGGCGACGUGUGGAGAUCGCCCACGCCUUGUGUCUGACGGAGCGUCAGAUUAAGAUCUGGUUUCAGAACCGUCGGAUGAAGUGGAAGAAGGACCACAAGGACAGCGCUCCAGUCCCGGGCUCCGUCUCUGAGGCCCCUGAGGAGGAGAUAGAUGGAGAGCCGGUCUCGGGUGUCACAGCUCACGCCGCUGUUGAGGAGGAGGACCACAGGGUGGAAUUAUUCACUGAGACCAACAAACCGCAAAUAUAGCCGUUUGACAAAAAGGGAUUCGUAUUUGUGUACAACAUUAUCAAAAAAAAGAGUUAUUUUCACUCCCAUUUGAUCUCUCAGCCCAUAAACAUUUGAAUUCCAAGUAGAAUAUAGGCUGUAUGUAAUUUAUUUUGAGCCUAAACCUUGAAGCACUUUGAAGAACAAUAAGCUACCUAUUCAGUGGUUCCUGAGACACAUGAUCCACGAUGAUACAUACUACCUAUUUAUACUACAAUUUCUGUCCACUUCGACUUGACUUGUUGGUAUUUUUGCUGAAGAAUGUAAAUUCAAGGCAUAGAAACUUGCCCAUACUGAUAUAACAUUCCAGACAGCAUACAGGGGAAAACUGCUACUUAAGAAGCCCGAAAAGAUUUAGGUUUAACAGGUUUAUUUCAAACUUAGACAAUUAAGGUGCUUAUGCUUUUUUGACCUAACUUAGGAACAUAAAUAGUUUUUAUUUAAACAUUCAUUAAGGAUUCUUAGAGAAACCGUGCCUUGCACUGCCUUAAAUUCUAUGUUGAAAAUUUCAGAUAUAUUGUGUUCCGCUUUGCUGUCCAAAUGCUCUGUACAAUUAAAUUGUGUAUUAUUCAUUAAGCGUUAGCAUGUAUCAUGUCAGAUUAGUGUUUAAUAAUUUGUUGGAAGCUUUUUACAAUCAUACUGGCAUGCUUCUACUUAUAUCUAAUAUGUACAUGUGUGUGCCUACCUCACAUAUUUCAUUUAGGACAACGUAGUUUAAGACUCAACUGCUUUUAAUAUAGUAUUUGUAUGUGUGAAUGUGCCCUGUACGCUUCUGCACAGAAACGUGUAACUUGUGGGUUUCCCAAAAAAAAAAGAAAGAAAAAAAGAGUCGUUAUUGGUGCUUGUAAAGGUGCAUGUGCUGUGUAAGAUAUUUAAUGUAGCCCGAUUAGGGCGUCGCAAAAUUUACACACUAUUCUAAUUCUGUUAUUCGUUAUUAGUGACGCGAGAAAAGCUUCAUUCCCUCACACAUUGUCAUGUUACUACGAUCUGUAAGUGGAAAAAUUGGCCGAAUAAAAGAACGCGGCUUUACCAGCUACACGGUAGCGAAGGCUGCUGCUUCCUAUGUUUCAUAAUGUUUAACACACAGCGCUGCGAAGCCUUUUUCAUCUCACUUCACACGUCGCCGUUAAUUGCGCUGCGGCUCCGCACAUGUAGCCAACUUAGCUUAUUUAUGUUUAUUAAAAGGCCUGAGAUGUUCCACCCAUUUACAUUCAAUCAUUUAGCAGACGCUUUUCUCCAAAGCUACGCACAUCCCAGAGAAAUACAAUGUGUU